AUGGAUUUUACCUCUUCGUCGGCAGCCCCUCCAUCAUCCCCUCCGCUACCCCCUCAAUCCACUCAACAACAUACUUCACAGUCACCUUUACCUGACCCUACAUCGGAGCUAUCCGACAUUCCUACUAUUACACCUACCGUAUCUGCUUUUGAUGAAAACGAUACGGAUGAAGACGACACCGAUCCAAUUCCCCUAAACGAGAGGCCCUCCCCAGACCAAGUUGUGGACGAGACGAUACAGUUUUGGCAUAAUAAAUGGCGAACUCGUGCCUAUAAUAUUGAGCGCUUCCUAGAAGGCUGUAUUCUAUCACGGUCAGGGUCAAGAACUCGCGCAGUAAAUAACGUAUUGAAGAAGCCCUCAAUACAGAAGCGUUUAGAGGAACUUGGUAUUAGGAUACAGUUCAAAGAUGACGCGGAUCGAGAGAUCGCAGACAUAUCUGCCUUCCGGGAUGAACUUUCUGCCUUGUUAUCCCAAGAUUCUUUCAGUAAAUUCGACCCUGAAGCGUUCAAAGCACCCGACGAAGGGCCUUGUGCCAUCAAAGACGUCUGCAAUACAGAGUGGAUUGAAAACUCUUUCCGGCAAGCUGGGUCCCAAAUACUCGCUAAAUCUCCUCGAAUUGCUGCAUUUCUAUCGGCGAUUCUUGCAAACCAACGGGCUGACUGGAAGUCUUAUAAUUCCGGCAAAGCCAACGCUUCUUUUCCGGUUGCUAGGGCUUAUUUAAUUAUGGCAUUGAUAUUGAAUAGCCAAGCACCGUACCGGUCUAAUUUCCUACCUCAUGCGAUUGGUAUAUACCUUCAUAGCAGUGGGGUUCAGCGUCGAGUAAUAGAAACACUUGCUCGGUUCGGUAUAAGUUCUGGUUAUAAAGCAGUUACGAAGCAGUUGAAACGAAUGGCUGAGCAAUCUCGGCUUAAUAUUAAACGAGUUGCUCAUGAUCCAAGUGCCGUAUUUGUGUACGACAACUUCAACUUCAAAGACAAGAUCAGAGAUCUUAGUUUAGGUCGUAAAAGCGUUAUGAGAAACCUGACUAACUGCCUCAUUGUUGCCAGCCCUGAUGUACACGGUCCUUUUCUUCAGUCACAAUGGCAUGCUACAAUCCCUUUCAAUCGAAAGUGGCUUGCAUCUUACAUCAUGCCACCACCAGAAUGCGAACCUGAGGCUAUAAAAUAUCUCAUGGUUGAUUCGGUUCGAUCGGUUUUGAACCUAUCUUCUCUUGAAAAGGUCGCCCCCUUUCCUGAGCUCGCUAGACCUCAACAUAAUGUCAGUUAUGUCUUACAAACACCUGCUAUUCAUGAAAACGAAGGGGAAAUAGCGGGUGUAUAUCGAGUUCAUGAUACCUUGUUUCAUAAAAUACUCGAAUACAAGGAAUACGAAGACCGACUGACAAUAAUUCACGGAGACCAGAAAACCACAUCUUUUAUUCGAGCUAUCGUGGCUGCUCAGCUUGAAGCCAGAAAUGUUUAUGACCGAAAGCAAUGGAUACUUCCUGUGCCAGCAUUUUUUCAUAUCGUUCUUAACUUUAUCCACUUGAUUUUCCGUACAUUCUGGGAUCCAUUGAUCGAAAGAGACGUACAGUUUUUUGGCCGUGGCCAGCAUAUUAAAAAGGACCACGUUUUAUAUCAUCAUGGCCUUCCGUUAUUGAGAGACGCCUUCAAUUCUCGUAUCCUCGCUUUCUUAAUACAGAAUCUUGUUGACACUGGCGUCUUACAUGAUGAUCAAAUCCGUCCUGGUUCUAUACGGGAGGCCUUGGCGGGUAUUGACCCCGCACUGAUCGAGCAGAGGCUAUCGGUGAUUCAAGCUCAGGUGUUUGGUUCCCAGGCCUGGAAAGGCCAGUAUACCGAAGAGAAAAGCGACCCUAUCGAUGUUGAAUUUCGAAGUCUCUGCCGAUAUAUGAUAGUUAUUAGCUAUUUGUUAAUGAUGGUAACCGCAGUGCAGCUUGGCGACUACGGCGUAUUAAGGCAGAUCAUCCCCCAGUUACCCCUCUUUUUUUUCGGUGCAAAGUCAAAUAACUACGGACCGGAGAUGUUAUAUUUUGCUUGGCUCCUUCACACAGACGUCACGGAACCAGAAUUAGCUACGGGGAUCCUUCGAUCAGGACUUGUUCGGUGUACCACUGCCGGGAGUGGGUGGAAAGCUAUCGACCUAGCCUUGGAGCACAUCAAUGGUGCUUUUGCCAUUGAUAUCAAGAACAACAAGAACUCUACUCGCAAUGUUUCCAUCAUGUUCGAUCACUUGUCCGUAAUAGGGCCAUAUACUGCUUCUAUUCGCGGCACCUUAGAACGCAGUCUUAAUACCACCCAAAAAGGUCGACAUACCACACCAUCAACUAACCGUGAUGUGAUGGAAUACGCCUGUAAAAUAUAUGUCGAUGGUGAUACUAAGAGGCGUUUAGAUGGGUAUAGUAUAUCCCACUCUCCAUAUGAUGCACCAGAUAUCUUGUAUGAAGGUUUAAAACAUCUUGCAAAUACGAAAAUCGACGAGUUUAACAUGAAAGUGGUCCGGCCUAUUCGUGCGUCGACUCAACAAAAUAUACCUGCAUUACGUACAGAAGACGGCUUCGUUGAAAGUAAUGAAGGCCGGCGUUUAUACGGAUCCGAUCAAGAAGAGGAUAGCGACAGUGACGAAUGA